UGUGUUACUGUAUGCACAUGACGUAUAAUUUAUUUAGGCCAUUCAGUGAUAUGGAUAUCUUCAUUUAGUUAAGGGAUGACUUACAAAACAUCGCUUUUGACCUAUGUAUUGAUCUCCGUACAUUUUGGGGUUCAUUCUCAAGAAUGCGAAAGACUUGUUUCACUACCAGCCUCACAACCCAUAUUAAGGUACGAUUUUGACUAUUCAGAAGAGGGAACUGUUCAAUUAUUGAACCCUAACAUCAAUCCAAUAUUCCAAGUAUCGUGCUUUAGUAGAACAUGCUCCAGUGCCGACUACUUGAACUGCAGCCUGGCCUCUACCGGCAACAUAGCCACUGGCAAGAUUUACAUCCAGCUCGACAGUUUCAGCAACGGGCAGCAAGGAACAUAUACGUUUAUGGCUCCUGGAGGCGCCAAAGUGUUGAAAUGCAUCACCUUGUAUUUGAUAGGAACACCAAACUAUCCCGGUAUCAGCGCGAACAGGGUACCCCAUACGGGUCAAACCGUGACAUUAACAUGUCAGUGUAUAUCUACAACCGAUCCCUCGGGACACGGCUUGGCUAUGACUUUUGCAUGGACAAAAGAUGGCGUUACGUUGACAUCAGGAGGGAGAUUCACCUUACUUGCACAUACCCCCGCUGCGUUGACCAUCACCAAUGUCCAACGUAACGAUGAGCUGUCACAGUUCACCUGUACGGCUUCGGAAGAAAUGGGUCUGACAUCGAACAGCAGUGCGGCUUUCAAGAUCAGCAUUUAUUACGGCCCCGACAGUAUCGCCUUCAACAGGACCAGUGUUACCCAGAUCCUUGAUGAAGGAGACAGAUUUUUCCCGGUCGAGUGUCUGGCAGACUGCAAGCCUUCCUGCACCUUCAGAUGGACGAAAGGUCAAAUUCCUGUGAGCAACUCUGCGGUCCUGGACCUCGGUAUAGCUGGUAGCGAUGAUUUGGGACAAUACACAUGUACUUCUGAACAUUCCAAUUACACGACGUUUACUGGAACUAAAAACUACUCAGUCAUUCUCAUACAUGGUCCUGACAAGGUGCCCCUAUCGCCUCCUUCAACCACGUAUACGGAGAUGGAAAGUGCCAUUCUGGCAAACAUUUCCUGCUCUGCAGUUUGUUACCCGGAAUGUUUUUACACUUGGUCCAAGGUUGGAACAGCCGGUACAGUGCAGAACAAUGCCGUUUUAAGUCUUGGACAACUAACGUGGCAAAAAUCAGGAUCGUACAUAUGUUCUGCUACAAAUCCGAGGACAUCCUCAACACGAAAUGGUCCUACAGUAAUUGUUGAGGUCCAAUAUUCCGCAAGGCGAAUACCUGGAGAAGAGGUACAGCUUAUCUUCAACACCCGCAAACAUAACAAUGCAACCUUGGUGUACAAAAUAGUCGCAUACCCCGUGCCCAAACCAUCACAGUUCGUUUGGAAGCGGUGUAUGAAUAUCAGUUCAUGUGAACCUUUGCCGCCUGACUUGGACAAAUUCGAAAUUGACACAGAAGGUCUAUCAAGUAACUUAUCGAUUCUGGACGUUCAAAAUGAAGAUUACAGAAUUUACCAAUUGUCAGUGUCUAACGGAGUUGGUGAUGCGCUAGUGGAAUGGUUACAUCUUAGACCAAUCGAAUUACCCGAUUCGCCAACGGUCUUCCACGUCAUUCAAAACACAAUAAAGCAAACAACUGCUGUAGUGACCUGGAUAACUGGAUUUGACGGUGGAUCACCUCAAACGUUUCAUUUGUCCUAUAGAAAACUGGUUGGUGACACAGGUUUUACUACAGCAACAGUACAACACGAUGAUAAGAAAGUGUUGAAUUACACAAUUGAACAUUUAGAACCUGGAACCAAGUACUUUGUAUCACUCUUUGCGGCAAACGAGGAGGGUUCUACUGCAUCGAUUAAUGUAACUUUUCAAACUCUUAAAACUAUAUCUGAUCACACCGAGACAAGUCCAAAUAUUGGCCCUGUCAUUGGAGGGUCGAUUGGUGGAACUAUUGGAGCGAUCAUGGCCAUAGUUGUCGUCGUUGUAAUUGUCAAACGGAAAUACUCACUAAAUUGCAUAUGUUUCCGUACAAAGAAAAGUGCUGAUCCUGCUGAGCAAUCCGUGUCUGGCAGACACAACCCCGGAUGUAACAUAGUCCAGUCGUACGAAGAAUUGCCCAUGACAAUACAAACAUCGGAUUACGAUGCUUUAAAAAAAGGCGACAAUGGACCCAAUAGUUCGCAUGUGUACACGACGUUGGAUGAGUCAAGUUCAAAGGCACCUGUGAAUUACGGAAAUGCAACUAAAGGGGAACCGGUUUACAACAAUACUGUGCAGCAGAAUCCGGUGCAAACAGUGCUUUAAUAUACACAAAGUGGAUGAUUGAAAGUCUGACACCGUUAUACGAUGUGAGGAUUCGGCUUUUUACUCUCAAAUGGAUGGAUCUUUGAUAUAAUAGGAAUUGGAGCCUUACAAUAUUAAUGUAUUGUAUCUUUGCCAAGAAAAUGUACAGAAACAUAUCAGCAUAGUAGUCCGUCUUGUAUUAGAACAUUCUCAAGUACUUAGUGUUUGUAGAAUUCAGAGCCUAACACUUAUAUCAUAAAUAUGAUUGUUAUGUUUACAAGUAGUAUAUCGUUAUAGCCUCAAUGACAAAUCCGGACUUCAUAGUAUAUUAUAUAUUCGAUAUAAGUUCUCUUUAAUUGUUUUUGUCUAAAUGUAUAGUGCUAAACAUAAACUCUUAUAUAGACAUUAUCAUUGUAGGUAAUUGAAUUAAAGACCUGUCCAAGUUUC